AUGGCCCUGAGACAGCAAAAGCGCCAAGCAAGGCAGCACCUGCGGCCGCGGCCGGCCCAGCGCUCUACAGGGGCGACGACCGAGGGCCCCAUCGAGCAGGUGGCUGGCACCAUCCGCUCUGCGAUAGCUGCUGGUACUAGAGUGCCCAGCCACUGCUUGGACUUUGAUCCUACUCGUGAUGGGCUUGAGCCGGAAGAGGUUGCUUUCUUGCGCUAUCUCCGCUGGCGCACUGGGCCGCCUCCGACCACGGUGUUCUUAAAACACCUGAUCAGGUCCUUGCGUGGCAAACGCUACCACGCGACCCCCAGCUCUGAGCCGCCGACUGUCUUGCCUGCCUCCUCUGCUGACAGGACCUCUACUGACUCGCGCCAGAGGCUGGAGCCCCAGCCGAAGAAGAGACCGAACGUGCUGCUGCAGGUGGUGGAUGAUGACAUACCGCCAGGUUCGACCGCUGCGGCUGCGGCAUCCAGCAGCCCUGGGCCGCCCGUUCUCCUCUCCGACGACGAAGGGACCUUGGAAAUUCAUGCUGGGUCCAUCCACCUGGAAUGCGCCAAGAAGGUCAAGCGCAAACAAGCCCAGCCUGGUCCUUGCAUAGACUUGGAGACGCCGCUUGCCGAGUCCGCGGAUCCUGGCACUGGUGCCCAGGCAACCCUGAUGCCGCUCCCCAUCGAGGCCGGCACUGACGCUACUCUGGCAACGGCCCCGACUACUGCGGCCUCACCUAGCACAGCCUCUGGACCUGCACCUCUCUCCGAGUCCGUCGAGACGGUGGACUCUCCUGAGAUGCCUCCGGAGCUUCCCCUGCGAGCUCAGCCCCCGGAAGUCGAUCGGGCCAUAUCGUCUCAAAGGCGUGCCAAGCGGAAGCCCUUCGGUUCCGGCCGUGUGAAGGACCGUCACCGAGGGAAGAUCAAGGCCAGGUCUGCGUUGCCACAGGCCGGGGCCAAGACGAGGAAGCAGUCAUCCCGGGCAUCCUCUCGAGUUGCUGGACCAGAGCCGGGCGCUUUUGAUUCCUAUCUACAUGACUCCGCGCACAUCCCGGACCCUGAUGCCAGACCUAAGCGGCGAAGCCCCUGGUUUGUACAGUCGGAGGGCAGCACCGCUGCCCAGCCAGACUCAGACCCAGUGCGAGCGGGUGCAUAUACUGCUGAGCCAUCGGAUCCGCCUCCUUCUGCUCUGUCACCGCGUCGCAGCUCCGCUUACCACUCGGUGUUCUACUGCUCGGCCCUCGGCUCGUCUCAUCUCUUGCAUGUGCCGCGUCUGGCUGUUCCGCCUGCCUGUCUCUUUUGCAUGGGCGUGCGACUCUUGCAGCAAUCCUGCUCGGGAUCUUCCGCCCUGCCUCGUGCACCCUCUCCCCCCAUGGCCUCUACAGGGACAUGCGCCCCGGCCGAGCAGACAUCUGCCCCGGUUACGCCGAUCACCUCAAGGCCUGACUCACCGCCGCCUGGGGUGGAGCGGCGGCCCAGACCUCAGCAGAAUACCCUGGAGGGCUCUUCCCUGGCAACCGCCCCACCUUCUGCAGGGUCGUUGGAUGGUCCCAAUUGCAAUAAUGCCAUUAGAGAUCCUACGCCUGAGUCAGAGCUGCGUCUACUCUUCGGCCCUACGCGCGAGGCUCCGCCAGAUCCUAGACCCUCAAUGCCAUCCUCCAUGGCCGCCACCAUGUCCUCUAACCCAGAAGGCCGGUGCCUGGAGAUGCUCCAACAGACGAUCGAGCGUUGGGCAGCGAGUCUCCAACGCUCAGAGCGUGCACACGAAGAAGCCAAGGCUGCUCUCCAUGCUUUGGGCGUCCGUUUCCAGCGCAGCAGGAGCCCACGCUAUCGUCGCGACAGUGAUGCCUAG